AUGUCGCAUUUGGACAUAACCAACUGCAAGAAAAGGAAGAGAGGAGACAAGGUGUUUAGGUUCAAGACUUUUGGUGAACAUGGGUACCCAGUUGAGUUUGAUGGAUCUUUUAGACAUAACGUUGAAGCUCUUCUGGAAUUUGGGUAUUCUGAGAAUAAGAUUUGCAGGGGAAUCCCAAGCUGGUCAUUUCAGCUUGAAGUCAGCUGCCACCCUCCUUUCCAUAUCUUGUUAUUUGUUAUUGAGGAGCCCAUUGAGGCAUCUGUCGAACACCAUUGCAAGCAUUGUCUUUAUGUUGGCUGGGGUCACCAUCUAAUUUGCAACAAGAAGUAUCACUUUGUGCUGCCAUCCAAGGACACAGUCAUUGCUUUCCUCAACUGUGAAGGCAACUUUGAUGGGGCAAUUUCAAUGAAGGGUAGGUUUAACAUUGUGGAAUUUCAGGGACAUAUCAUGCAUGGUGUCUUCCAUUCAAAUGGGUUCGGUCAUUUGCUGUGUGUUAAUGGAAUGGAAGCUGGUUCCAACUUGUCUGGACGACAGAUCAUGGAAUUCUGGGAUCGUUUGUGCAAUGGAUUACGAGCAAGGAAAGUGAGUUUGAACGACAUCUCACAAAAGAGAAGCAUGGAUUUGAGGUUGCUCCAUGGGAUUGCAUAUGGCGAGCCCUGGUUUGGUCAAUGGGGUUACAAAUUCGAGCGAGGAAGCUUUGGCGUCACUCGAGCAAUUUACCAGAAAGCCAUAGGAACCAUUCAAGCCAUGCCCUUGUGCAUAUUAGUCCAUUUUCUUAGCAAUUCUAAUCAUGAUCUUCCAGCCAUUGUCUCUAGGUACCAAACUUUAUCAGACUAUUCCUUGGCGACCCUUGGUGACCUUUUUCGCUUCAUGUUCGAGCUUAAAAGUCGCCUUCCUGACGAUAGUUGCAUUGAUUCCUAUAGCACAGGGAUUAUGGUUGAGCCUACUUGUAGAUGGUCUCCGAAGCGAAUUGAAAUGGCAACUCGAGUGAUCGUUGAAGCCUUGAAAAGGGCAGAGUUCAGGUGGGUUUCGAGGCAAGAAGUUCGGGAUGCUGCUCGUGCAUAUAUUGGUGACACAGGGUUACUAGACUUCGUGCUCAAGUCGCUUGGAAACCGUAUAGUGGGAAACUAUUUAGUUCGCCGGAGCUUGAACCCGGUGACAAAGGUUUUGGAGUAUUGUUUGGAAGAUGUCUCAAAUGUAUUUCCUACCCAAGAAAGUUUGAGCAUUAACAAUUCCAAAGUGAAGGCUCGAUACAAGAUAACGAGGUCUCAAGUAAUGCAGGACAUGUUCUACUUUUACAAAUACAUUAUCAGAGACCAAAAGCAAAACCUCAACAUGGGAAUUCUUACAGCAAUACAAGCAGCUGCAAGGAUAAUUCUUGACACUAAACUCCUCGCCAAAGACUAUUAUACAGAAGUGCCUUCUAGAGUUGAAUUAGACCUAGAAGGGAAAUUGGAACUCUAUUGCACAAUUGUCCUGAAAAACACUGAACCUGCUAAUGAAGGUGCAAACAAGGCAAUGCCACCAUUUGAAUGCAUAUCAUUGAAAACCAAUGCUACCUGUGAUGAGCUCAAGCAACAAGUUGAAAGGAACUUCAGGGAACUGUACUGGGGCUUCAGAGGCCUCAUCGUCGAGUCGAUAUUGAACUUGAAUGCCAAGGGGAGUGAUCUAGUUUUUGGACUCGUCCAAGUAGGUCAGAAAAUCCUGUGCGAGGGUAGCAACAAGGAGAGAGGAAUGAUCAAUGAGUUAAUAUAUGAAAGUGAUCUUAAUAACCGAGUUAUCGAUUGCCCUUGUGGAACCAAAGACGAUGAUGGUGAAAGGAUGGUAUCGUGUGAUGUUUGCGAGGUCUGGCAGCACACUAGAUGUGUUCAUAUUCCAAAUCAUCAGGAAAUUCCUCAUAUAUUUCUAUGCAGCCGUUGCGAACAUGAAAUCAUAAUCUUACCUUCUAUACCAUAG